GCUCUCUCCGUCCAUCUUGAUGACCCUCCCUGGUCAACCGUUGUCCUUAUAAUUCCAUCAUUUAAGCUUCAUCACCUUCUCUCCAUCAACCUACCUGUUCGUCCCUCCGUUCAACCCUGUCAGUAAGACCCUUUGUAAGCGCUAAAUUCUAAAGAAAAGAAUUAGAAAAGAUGGCCAGUAGUUUCUCAAGAAUCCUCUCCUCCAAGAGAAACGUCGGAAUCCUGUCGUUGGUCGGAGGCUCCGUAGCGGCUGGAUUUCUGCUUCACCGGGAGCAGGUCACCGCCGGAGAACCUCUGCGCAGGAGGUACCCCGCCAGUGCGGAGUACCCUGACCUGCGCAAACACAACAACUGCAUGGCCAGUAACCUGACACCUGCCAUCUAUGCCAAGCUGUGUGAUAAGACCACGCCCAAUGGGUUCACACUGGACCAGGCCAUCCAGACAGGUGUGGACAACCCCGGGCACCCCUUCAUCAAGACUGUUGGCAUGGUGGCAGGAGAUGAGGAGUCCUAUGAGGUGUUUGCAGACCUGUUGGACCCUGUUAUCAAAGAGAGGCACAAUGGCUAUGAUCCCAACACAAUGAAACAUCCCACUGACCUGGAUUCCAGCAAGCUUCAUUCAGGUAACUUCGAUGAGCGUUACGUGCUGUCGUCCAGGGUGAGGACAGGCCGUAGCAUCAGGGGCCUGAGCCUGCCCCCUGCCUGCACCCGGGCAGAACGCAGAGAAGUGGAAAGGGUGGUGGUGGAUGCUCUCGCUGGGCUGAAGGGAGACCUGGCUGGCAGAUACUACAGUCUUACUCAAAUGACAGAGAAGGAGCAGCAACAGCUCAUUGAUGAUCACUUCCUGUUUGACAAGCCUGUGUCACCACUCCUGACAUGUGCAGGCAUGGCUCGUGAUUGGCCCGAUGCCCGUGGUAUUUGGCACAACAAUGAGAAGACAUUUCUGAUUUGGGUCAAUGAGGAGGAUCACACCAGAGUUAUCUCCAUGGAGAAGGGAGGUAACAUGAAGAGGGUCUUCGAGAGGUUUUGCAAAGGUCUCAAAGAGGUGGAGCGUCUAAUCCAGGAGAGAGGCUGGGAGUUCAUGUGGAACGAGAGGCUUGGCUACGUCCUGACCUGCCCCUCCAACCUGGGAACUGGACUCAGGGCUGGUGUCCACGUUAAGCUGCCCCUGCUAGCUAAGGAUCCCCGCUUGAGUAAGAUCCUAGAUAACCUGCGUCUCCAGAAGCGCGGGACCGGUGGCGUGGACACCGCUGCUGUAGGCGGUGUGUUUGACAUCUCCAACCUGGACCGCCUGGGACAUUCAGAGGUCCAGCUGGUGCAGACUGUGGUCGAUGGUGUCAACUAUCUAAUUGAGUGUGAGAAGAGACUGGAGAAAGGCCAGGACAUCAAGGUGCCCCCACCCCUUAAGCAGUUCAAGUAGACACUGAUCCUUCAUCGCUACACACAAACCUUUGGGCACACACACAUGCACAGACACCCUGCCUUGUGGCCAUAGAUAUUAAAACUAUCUAUGUUAUUGUCCCAUUAAUUAUUAAUAUUAUUAUCACUAUGCUACCUUUGUAAUCAACCACCCAUCCCUGCUCUACACUAUAUUCUAUAAUUACAUCUAUAUUUGUUAUAUGUAACUCUCUGGCUGAGCAAUGUUUGGAUCCCAGAACUUCUUUAAAACUGAAAAUGCUCCGAUUCUAAUCCUGCUCUAAAAGGAUAACAGUAAUUUAUAGACUUAUGUCAAAUGUGGAGCUGUUUUAAUAAAACAAAGAUCUGCUUCUCUGCAUGGCCAAAAAGUAAAAAACAACACUCCCUCUCCCACUCCAUCCACCUUUACUCUGCCGCAUGUCCUGUACCAUCCAUCACCUCCACUCACUCCAUCGUAGUGAUGACCUCUUACCUGGUGCUUGUGUAGUCCAUCCGUCUGUGCUAUAGUCUCCAUCGUGGAUUGUGUGUACGUAGUUUCUUUUUCAACGUUUAAUGAUUUUGAAUGUAGAUUUACAAACUGUACAUUGAAGAGAUGUGUUUUCUUCAGAGGAUGUGUUUCUGUGACACCUUGUUGUCACACUGGCCGGGUCGGGCUCCAUACUGUAAGCUCCUGAAGCAAUAACAGAUGUCUUUUAUUAAACAAAUCAUCUAUUUAAUAGGA